AUGUCCGUCGUUCAGCCACAGGAAUACCAGACAGUCGACGACGUGCCGUAUCAGCGAGGCCGUCCUCUCCCAACCGUCACCCCCGUCUUCCAGAACAAGCUGCCCAACUCGCCCGGCAAGACGUCCAUCGGCCUCCUCGUCGACUUCCCCCCCAACUCGUCGACGCCCCCUCACACGCACGGCGGCGCGGCCAUCUCCGUCUUCGUCAUCAAGGGCACCGUGCUCAACAAGAUGAACGAUGGCCCGACUCGUGUGAUCCCGGCGGGCGGCACGUGGUUCGAGGCUCCCGGCUGCCACCACCGGACCAGCGACAACUUCAGCACCACGGAGCCGGCGCAGAUCCUGGCGACGAUGGUGGUUGACACAAAGACCGUUGAGGAGGGGGGAAUGGCGGCUCUUGUUGUGCUCGACCCGGAGUAUGCUGAUAUCAGGCUUGGUUGA